CAAUACCAAACCACCCCUUUAUUCCUGAUCUCUUAUGCCCCGAAUAGUCCUCAACAAACGCUGGAUCCGCCAGUCAGCAUACCUCCUCCUAGCACUUAUACUCUCCACUAUCACAUUCACAGUCGUGGUGCGUACCCUUACGCUGGUGUCGGACUCGCUAUAUAGUGUCCUCCCGUACACCGGCGGCUUAGCACUCAAAGAUAUCCAGAUUCGCACGUGCUCAAAGCUCGGUCCGUGUGGUGCCAGUGGCUGGGCUAGAAUUCCGAAAGACUUGUUGCUUAGUAGUUCUUGGACCUCCAAUGUUUACUUGUUCCACCAUUCAAGCGAAAAGCUGGACUCUCAGGUAAUUGUUGACCUUUGUGUAGGGGAAAGGCCUCAGAAAGUGCUAGAUCUGGUCAAAAUGGAGGGUGAGCUCACUCGGGAGCAGCUACACGAGGCAGCAUCUUCCCAAGGCUGGAAAGAGACUUCUCACGGUCUAUGGGUCAAAUACGGCGAGUAUAGAAAGCUGGAUGCCGUCACAGGCAUCAAUAUCCUCUUUGGUGAUGAUUCAGUAGACCCCAGGCUGGGAUGGAAGAAAAUCAGCGUCCCCUUGGCGGUCGAAGGCAGAUACAACGCGUAUGUUAGCUACAGACAAGGCCCUGAGGUACAAAUUCCGCCUCCGGUGUUGAAGAUUAAUCCGAGUGGAAAGUUCAAAAUCUUGCAAGUGGCGGAUAUGCACUUCUCUACGGGCUAUGGAGAGUGUCGUGACCCGUUCCCGGUGUUGCUGUCCAAGGAUGCCCAGAGCUGUCAAGCCGACCCCAGAACACUCGAGUUUGUGAACAAGGUGUUGGAUGCGGAAAAACCGGACUUUGUGGUGCUUUCAGGAGACCAAAUAUUCGGGGAGGAGUCGUACGAUUCGGAAACGUCGCUUUUCAAAGCUGUUAAACCGUUCAUUGAUCGUGCCAUCCCCUAUGCCAUUACGUUGGGGAACCACGACGACGAAGGCUCCUUAUCUCGGGAGCAAAUCAUGGCCCUUUCCUGUUCGUUGCCAUUCUCGCUUGCCUCAAUGGGCCCAGCUGAGGUUGACGGUUUUGGCAACUACGUUCUCACUGUUGAGGCUCCCAAGUCGACCAACCCAGCCGUGUCGUUAUACUUUUUGGAUACCCAUUCGUACGCCCAGAACCAAAAGGUGACUCCUGGUUACGACUGGCUCAAGCCCAACCAGUUGGAGUUUGUUUCCGCCCAGCAUAACUUGCUCAAGCACAAGAUUAAAAAGUACACUCACAUUCAUAUGACGAUGGCAUUUUUCCAUAUUCCAUUACCUGAGUACCGCGAGGUAAACGGCCAGCAAAUGGUGGGCACGUAUAAAGAGGGUAUCACUGCCCCGAACUACAAUUCAGGCGGCCGAAAGGCAUUGGGAGACAUCGGGGUGAGUGUGGUCAGCGUGGGCCAUGACCAUUGUAACGACUACUGUGCGCUCCACGAGAAGGAGGAGAAUAGGAUGUGGUUGUGUUAUGGUGGGGGCAGCGGAGAAGGUGGGUAUGGCGGAUACGGAGGAACCUCCAGAAGGGUUAGGGUGUUUGAUAUUGAUACCCAAGAAAACAGUAUCCAGUCCUGGAAGCGGUUAGAAAAUUCACCAGAGACGGUAUUUGACCAACAGUUGCUUGUCUCCGGCGGUGUGGCCGUUCCUUUGUAAGAGGGGGAGUUGAAAUUGUAAUUCAAUACUGCGACAAGGGUGAUUGCAAUUUGAGUGGCGGUCCUGUUGCUUGUCCCCACUUGAGUAACUGGAGCAUUGUCUUUGUGAAACAACAAGCUACAAAGCUACAAAGCUUCCGCUGAGCGGACUAUUGUUGUGUACGUGUUAAAAGGUGCCCACCUCCCCCGAGCUAUUGCCAACGGGGAGUGUGAAUCCCACAUUUGGGUCUGAAGGCAGUCACUAUCCAGAAUCUAGGCCUAAAUAGAUUUUCUAUAUUCCAAUCUCAUUCUACCCG